UUAGAAUCGAAAGAACGAGGCCGGAUGGCUUUCUUCAGCCACAAGGAGAUCGACUCGUGGAAUGGCGACUACAAGGAGACAAACCUCGACUGCGUUGGCUACACGGGCGCCGUCGUCGGUGUCCUUGGCAGCCGGGCAAUUGUACUCGGCGGGCGGGAGACCCCGGGUGAAGACUUCAACGAGACCGCGCUCGUCCUUGUCUUUGACCUGGUAACCGAGCGAAUCCUGUACGACUACGACGUCCAGGGCCGCAUCUCCCGGCGCAUCGGCCAUCGCGUCGCAGCGCUGCCGUCCAAGGCGUCGCUCUUUGUCUUUGGCGGCGAAAGCAUUGCCAGCGACAAACACGCCUACGAGAGCUUGGACGACGUCUACAGGGUUCAAAUGGACGCCAACAUCCUCACGAUCGAAGCGAUGCCGAAAAGGCACGAGGACGAGGUGCCGGCGCCGCGCGCGUGGCACUCGCUCACGCUCGUCAAGUAUCGUCCCGCCCAAGACGCGACCAAGGCCAAGGGCCAGGCAGUGCCGGCGGUCGGCGAGCCCGACGAAGCGCUGUUGCUGCUCGGUGGGCGCAGCUCAUCGGCGCCAGCGCAAAUGAAGGACGCGUGGGUAUACGUGACCGCGGACAAGGCCGACGAGCCGAGCGACGGAAUUGCAGCGACGCACAAGUGGCUCAAACUGCCUACGGAUGGCGCGUCGCCACUUCCGCUCGCCCAUCACUCGUGCGAGCAAUUGCUCGGCGGCGAGAAGGUCCUCGUCUUUGGCGGUGUCAAAGGCGCAGGGUCCUCACACCUCAACGACGCGAUCAACAUUCUGGAUCUCUCAACAGGCGCCGCGACGUGGAGCACGCUGGCCACAUCGCCGCUUCUCGCGACCUGCUUUCACGUCGCCGUCGCCAUGAGCGUCCCCGUCGAUGCCGCCAAUUCGUCCGACUACUUUCCUCAGACAACCACGGACGCGGUGCCUCUUGACCGUAUUCUGGUGCUUGGCGGCGUUGCGGCGGACGGAGCCGUCGAGAGUUCCACGUUUCUUCUGCUGAACGCUGCGACCGGCCACGUCGACCGCGUCACGGGCUGCUUGGCACUCCAAAGCUCGGUGGGCCACGCGCCGGUCGCAUCGCCCGACCGGCGCAAGCUCUACCUCUUUGGCGGGACAGCGGGCCACAGCUGGCGCAACGCGACGUCGGUCGUGGACCUAUGGCAGUACCAAUACGAGCCCGCGCCGGAUAUGUCGCGCUUUGAGAAGAUCCGCACCUUCCAGUACCCGAACGGCGACGUGUACAUUGGCGAGCUCGACCCGGACACGGACAUUCGGCGCGGCCUCGGGCGCUGCACCUUUGUCGACGGUCGCGUGUACGAAGGCCACUGGGCCGACGACGUCUUUGACGGACCUGGCGUCAUGACGUACGCCAACGGAGACAUCUACGAUGGCGCGUGGCAGCAUGGGACGCGCGACGGUCUCGGGAAGCUCACGAUCGCGCCGUCGCCGUCGACCAAUGUGGCCUUUUACGAGGGCGCGUGGAAGGCCGACGCGCGCCACGGAAGCGGUGCCUUGGGCUACGUAAACGGGUCGCUUUUGCGCGGCACUUGGGCGUCCGACACCUUUGACAGCUCCCAUGCGACGAUCGAAGAGUUUGCUCUCGACAGCACCCGCCUCGGGACGUUCGAGGGCGAGGUCGAGAGUGCGACCAAGGCGCCCCACGGCCACGGCCGCUUCGAGACGCACGGGUACCCGUCGCGCGGCGAGAUGUACGCGGGGCGCUGGGCCCACGGCAAGCGCGACGGCGAAGGGAUGAGCAUGCUCUACGACGGCACCAUUUACCGCGGCGAGUUUAAGAACGGCAAAAAGAACGGGUUUGGCACGUGCGACUACGCGCGAACGCGGGACAAGUACGAGGGCAAGUGGGUCGGCAACCAGCGCUGCGGCCAAGGCAAGUGCACGUACGCCGCUGGUUUCGUCUACGACGGCCACUGGGCCGCCGACCAGCGCCACGGCUUUGGCCGCUGCACGUACGCGGACGGCACGUUCUACGAGGGCGAGUGGAAGAAAGACGACUUCACCGGCGACGGCGCCCUCGUGCUCUGCGACAUGCGCGCGCCGCCGACGCCCGCGGACCGCGAGCUCUAAGGCGCCAUCGAGCCUCUCCUAAUGCUGCGCUUGUGUGUUGUUGUUG